GGACCCCAAGAAAGGACACACCCCAACAGUGGUAUCCUCUCUCUCUUCCCGUCUCCUCUCACUCUCUCUCUCUCUCUCUGCUCCCUCGCUCACAGUGAUCUUUGGAUCGAGGGAUCGGUCGACGAAGCCGCGGUUCGCAACUCUCAGGCGUCGGGUGCUCUCGAUCUUUACGUGGAUUUGAUCUGAACCGGGUCGGGUUGCGGCGGAGGGGGUUUCCCGUUGACUUUCCCGCUCUGCUCUUGGAGGAGGUUCCGGCGGAUCCGGGGUGUCAAAUCUUGUCGAGCUUUGGAUUGGAAAGGUUGGGCAUGGAGGUUGGAUAGGGAUCUGUGGGAGGUGGGGUAGAAGUGGUGAUUUGAACAAGUUUGUGGAGUGAUUGGCGGGAUUGGGGAUUGUCCGAGUAAGCGAAGGUUCGGGAAUCGGAGGUGCGAAACAUGAGCGUGGGAAGCAGCUACGCGAGUUCCAAGUUGGAGAGUGACAGAGUGCCGGAUAAGUUCCCGGUGGGGAUGAAGAUUCUCUUGGUGGAUGACGACCCGAUCUGCUUGGCUGUGGUUCAGCGUAUGCUUCUUAACUGCCAGUACGAUGUUACAACUUGUUCUGAGGCUACAAGAGCUUUAUCUCUGCUAAGGGAGAAUAAGGGUGCUUUUGAUCUUAUAAUCAGUGAUGUUCAUAUGCCUGACAUGGAUGGGUUUAGGCUACUCGAAUUAGUUGGUCUCGAAAUGGAUCUACCUGUUAUCAUGAUGUCUGGUGAUACAAGAUUCAAUGUUGUGAUGAAAGGAGUCAGUCAUGGGGCUUGUGAUUUUCUAACUAAGCCUGUCCGUAUGGAAGAGCUACAGAACAUAUGGCAGCAUGUUGUAAGAAGAAAAUGGCUAGAUAGUAAAGAAAUAGAGCGUUCAGGUAGUGUUGAAGAAGCUGAUCGCGGUAGACAAGUCACAGAUGAUUCUGAAUAUGCUUCCACAGUGAAUGAUGGAAUAGAUUGUUCAUGGAAAUAUCAAAGAAAGAAAAGAGAUGCUAAAGAAGAAGAUGACAAUGAGUUAGAUAACAUAGACCCUUCUUCAUCGAAAAAACCACGUGUGGUGUGGUCAGUUGAGCUCCAUCAGCAGUUUGUCAAUGCCGUGAACCAACUAGGAAUAGACAAAGCUGUGCCCAAGAGAAUCCUAGAAUUGAUGAAUGUGCCUGGUCUGACUAGAGAAAACGUUGCUAGCCAUUUGCAGAAGUUCAGGCUUUAUCUGAAGAGAUUGAGUGGGGUAGCUCAACACCACACUGGACUUAAUAGUCCAUUAUAUGGAGCUUCUUCAAAUGCAAAAGUGGGUCAGCUGGGAAGAUUUGAUUUCCAAGCUUUGGCAGUCUCAGGUCAAAUUUCGCCAGAAACCCUGGCUGCCUUGCAAGAUGAGCUCUUAGGUCAUCCUCCUUGUAACUUAGCGAUGCCAACAAUAGACCAGCAAGUGCUCCAACAAGCUUCAGUGCAACGAAAUAAUAGUGUUACUUUUGAACGAGGAAUAGCAUUUGGUCAGCCUUUAUUAAAGGGCCAGGCAGUAUCCUCUUUUCCUGUUUGGCCCGCAAACGAUCUUGGUGCUCUGGGCUCUGCCAGCAACCUUGGAGGGUUGAAUACUUCUCAGAACAGUAACAUGCUCAUGACGAUGUUGCAGCAGCCACAGCCGCAGACUGUGCCGUCAGAAUCCAAUCAUGCUAUUAAUGUCCAAAGAUCUUGUCUGGUUGCCCCAGCAAAAUCAUCAAACAAAUUUCAGGUUCAGGGCAAUCCUAUGCAUAUAAAUCAGGACUCUACCAUAAUCUCCUCCCAAUCUUCAGCUAAUUUUCAACCAGGGAAUGCUGUUGUUCCGGUGAUUCAAGAUUCUGCGGUAGUUACUUCUCACUCAUCCACCAGUUUGAAGACGGGGAGUAACCUUUUUGUUACAAAUCAUAGAUCCACAAUACUCCCCUCUCAGUCAUUGACUGGCAUUUCACUGGGGACCGAUUCUGGGCUUCUAAAUCAAGGUUCUAUAAUAGUCCCUUCUCAACCAUUAAACAGUUCUCAGGCUGGGAGCAACUCUAUUCUUAGCAGUCAGAACUCCAUGGUAGUUCCAUCUCACUUAUCGGGCUCAUUGAGGACAGAUAAAAAUAUUAUUCCUAUCACCCAUAACUCAAGUUUGAAUAACAGUAGCUCACUUGUGAAUUACAAUCGCCUGCCCACCCAGUCAAAUGUUAUGCCAUCCAGCAUGAAGCAAGUAUUAGAUAAUUUAGCUGCAGUAGAUAGUUUCUCAGUUCCUGUAUCAAUGAAUUCACAAGUGUUAUCAAGUACAGGUAGCAGCACUAGUUGGCAGUUGCAUAGCCCUGACAUUAGCAUUAGUCAUCCAAAUGGCACACACAGUCUUGUGCCUAGUUCUUGUAACAUUGAAGCCACUGAUAGACUGUUGGUAAAAUUACCUGACAAGGGACUAGGGAAAAAUCUCGGUUUUGUUGGUAAAGGUACCUGUAUCCCAAGUCGUUUUGCUGUGGAUGACAUCGAAUCUCCAACAAAUGACUUGACUAAUAGUAGUGCUUACACUGGUGAUGAUGGAUAUCUACAAAAUCAAGAUAUUUUUGGAAUUAGUGGGACACUUCAGAGUGGACAUUGUGCUACCACAAGUUUCAAGUGAUCUCACGAAAGUUUCAGUAAGACUUGAACCCUUCACGUGCAUUAUGUAAAGUUUGGCUGGAUGACUUACUGAUCAUGGCGGCAUAUCAGUUGGUAUUACACAAGAUCUCCAAUUGCUCUUUCUUAAGUUCUCUGUUGCUUGUCAUGUUGGAGCGGAAGAAAUCUUUAUGGGAUUCUUUUUUACCAUCCCCCAAGAUACCAAGUUAUCAAGUUGGUCCCCAGCAACGUAAUUAUGAGAGGUCAUUGGUGGUUAGAAAUUGCUUCGGUCGAUUAUGUUUGCAAGUUGUGGAUCGAAGUAAGAAGCAUCGGUUGUCAGAGUGGUAGUUCUUUGAGCUAGUUAAUUUGAUACAAAUAUAUAUAUAUAUAUAUAUAUAUAUAUAUUUAUAUUUAUAUAUCUAUAUAUAUGUAUAAUUUCUCUCUGUUUUCUUCAGCAAAACGAUGUGAUGGAAGUGUGAGGUAACAUUGGGACCUGCUCAGCGGUCAUGUAAUUAAUUGUCAGUUGAUGGGCGUGGUAGAAAAAAUUGGUGUACAUUAGUAAGUAUGAGCGAGGCUCAUUGAUAACCUGUGUACCUGUUCUCGUCAAUAGUUGUGGUUUUUAUGUCCAUUCGACAGCAGCAGUAACUUGCAGCUGAUCUUGUCAAGCUUUUUCUGCAUUCGCAGACCAGCUUUCUUCGUGCGUAGUAGUAACAGUUGUUUGUUUUGUUGGA